UCGAAGAGGAAGGGAUGAAGCUCAUUCCAUGUAGACAAAUGAAUAAAUAUUAAAAAAAAAAAAAAAAAGUGACUUGAGAGAUUGCAUUUGAAAUAUAUCGAAUCUUUCAGGUUUCAAAACAAUAACUGUGUUUUUAAUCACAGUGAAUUAGUAGAUCUUAGAAAUUCUUCUAACAUGUCUUCUAGCAAUCCACAUACAAAUAUCCCUUCAAAUAUUUGCCUAGACGUUCUCGAAGCUCCAGUUAAUGUACCAGGAAAUCAUAGAGACAGAGAAAAUAGAGAUCGAGAAAGUGGAAAUCGAAGAAGCCAUGAUGACUCUCUUUUGAACACUGCAGUCACUGCUGCAGUGAAUGCUGGAACAGUAAAUUAUGCUAGCCAUGUAAUGUUUAAUUGGCAAGCCUCUAAACCUACUAUUAAAGAUCGUUUAGCAUUUAUAUUUAAUAAAGAAAUAUUAAGUGAUGUUCAUUUUAUUGUGGGUAAAGGAGUUCAGCAACAGAGGAUACCUGCCCACAAAUUUGUUUUAUCUGUUGGAAGUGCUGUGUUUGAUGCUAUGUUUAAUGGUGCUAUGGCCACUACAUCUGAAGAAAUUGAACUUCCUGAUGUAGAACCAGCAGCAUUUUUAGCUUUGCUUCGUUUCCUUUAUUCAGAUGAAGUUCAGAUUGGACCAGAAACAGUGAUGAUGACAUUAUAUACUGCCAAAAAAUAUGCUGUGCCUGCUUUAGAGAAGGCUUGUGUCGAUUUUUUGAAAUCAAAUCUUAGUAGUGAUAAUGCAUUUAUGUUGUUAACUCAGGCAAGGCUCUUUGAUGAACCACAACUUGCUGCUCUUUGUUUAGAAACUAUUGACAAGUAUACUUCUGAGGCUUUGGCAGCAGAAGGAUUUACAGACAUUGAUCAUGAUACAUUGUGUGUUGUAUUAGAAAGAGAUACUCUAAGAAUACGGGAAGCCAAACUUUUUAAUGCUGUAGUCAGGUGGGCUGAACAAGAAUGUAUUCGUCAGAAUCUUUUAAUAAAUCCAGACAAUGAAAGAAUGACAUUAGGACGUGCUUUGUCUCUCAUUCGAUUUCCUUUAAUGACUGUAGAAGAAUUUGCUGGUGGUGCUGCUCAAUCUGGCAUAUUAACUGAUAGGGAAGUGGUUUCGCUGUUUCUCUAUUUCACUGUUAAUCCAAAGCCAGCUGUCAGCUUCCCAGAUGUGCCCAGGUGCUGCAUUACAGGAAAAGAGCAAACUGUGUGUCGUUUCCAACAGACUGAGAGUCGAUGGGGAUAUAGUGGAACCAGUGAUAGGAUAAGGUUUAUGGCAGAUCGGAGAAUUUUUGUGGUAGGAUUUGGCCUUUAUGGAUCAAUACAUGGGCCUUCUGACUAUGAUGUUAAUAUUCAGAUAAUUCAUACUGGAACAGGAAAAGUAUUAGGAUCAAAUGAUACAAGUUUUAGUUGUGAUGGUUCUGCUUCAACCUUUAGAGUUAUGUUCAAAACUCCAGUGGAACUGAGUCCAAAUGCUAGUUAUACUGCUUGUGCAACAUUAAAGGGUCCAGAUUCUCAUUAUGGAACAAAAGGUUUAAGAAAAAUCCCAUUAGACUGUCCAAGUGGAGGUAAAGUGACUUUUCAGUUUACGUAUGCAGCAGGAAAUAAUAAUGGUACAUCUGUAGAAGAUGGGCAAAUUCCAGAAAUCAUAUUCUAUACCUAAUAGAUGACAUGUUGACCAAAUGGAAAAUAUAAAGCCCAUCCGCUUUAUAUGCCGAUGGCCAAUAUUAUAUCCCAUCGUAUUUUUGUAGGUAAAACUAGUUCCAUAAACGGAUUCAUUAUUAUUGUGUUACUUGCAUUGUUUACUGAAUAUUGGUCAGAAAAUAUUCCCAAAGCUUGUUAUAAUCCAUAUAAUAGUGUUCAAAAUUUCUCAUAACUAAUAUACAGCAGCUAAUAAAGUUUGUUAAGUUUUUAUUACAGAACUUUUUUGUUUUUAAAAUUUGGAAGAUUAAAUUUUUAGUUAAGGAUGACAAAUUAUACAUAGAUUCAUUUAUAUUUGGACUUGUUUGGUGAUAAAACGCUAUCAAAAAAUAACCGAGUGUUGUUCUAGUCAAAAUAUAAUCAAUUGAUAUCCCAAACAUUUACAUAUUAUCCAAUAAAUUUUUAUUCUCAGUAAAAGUUGUUUUCUGAGAUCUUAAGUUAGUGAUUAGAAAUUUGUUAAAUUUUCUUAUAUUUUUAGGCAUAUCUAAGUGAAAUAUAAUUUCUUCAGUACCUUUGUAAGAAUUUUGUACACUUGGAUACUGCAUGCUAUGCUAAUUUUAAAUUAAAUAUUUUUUAUUGUAACACAAUACAUAAUCAUUGGAAAUCAGAUUUAUAUCUGAAAAUUAUCAAAAGUGCCUGAAAGUUAAAAAAAAAAAAAAAUGGGUAUUUUAAAAUUAAAAAAAAAAAGAAAUAAAAAGCCCUUCACUUUAAUAUGGUAGCUAUCUUAACUUUGAUGAAAAAUCUCAAAACUUUGGAAUUAUUCUCACUAUUUUUUGAAGUUCUAGCAUCGAAUAUAUUGUUUGAUCACAUUGGCACAUGCAUAAAAAUCAUAAAUAUUUAUUGAUUUCACUGCUUGGAAGAUAAAUAUUUCUUUUGAAUUUUUAUAUCAUACUAUCAUCAUUAAGUACAGACAGUUUAUGAGUUUUGAAUGAGAUUUUAUAUUAAGAAAUAAUGUCAUCUUAUUAAAUAAAAAAGGGGCUCAAAAGGUCAUGCAAUUAUAUCCAACAUUAAUAAGAUUGCCCUAACAAAUUAGAUAAUAUCAGUCUAAUAUUAAAGUAAUUCAUACUUUUAAUUGUGUAACUAUUAUGAUAAAGAAUGAGAAAUUAAAUAGUUCAGAAAUUUCUUAAUUGAGAUAUAUAUAUGUAUAUUUAAUAAUAAUCUGCAUGACAUUUCAAACUGUGUAAUUGCCAAAAUGUUGUCAUGUGGAAGUCAUUGCAUAUCAGACAGCUAGAUCAUGCAAUAUUAUGAGCAUUAUAGUUACAUUAAUUUGUUUCCUAUUUCUUACUUUAAAAGUUUAAUUAUUGAAGCAAGAAUCUUGUUGUUUGUAAGAGCAUUGAAAAUGGUGAAAAUUAAUGUGCCAAAAAAUAAAGGAGAAGAAAAUGAUAUUUCGGGUGUUGUUUUUACUUAAAAAUUUAAGUAUAAAUCAUUUUUAACAUUUGCAAAAUUUUAUAUAUAAUGUGUAUAUAAAUAUAUAUAAAUUUCAAAAUUUAUGUAGAACUGGCAUUAUUUAAUAUAUUUUCCAAUGCCAUUGUUGUAUAAUUUCUCCUUCUUAGUACUGAAUAAAGA